AUGGAGCAGUCGUCGGCUCAGAACCAAAUGCCGGGUCUGCCCCAUGUGGGCGCAUCCCAAGGUGUUGCAUCAGUGGUCGACUACUGGCCUUCACUGGAUAUGAUGUACCCCGAUUCUCACCUACAAUCGCAGCCAGCCCAGCCAUCUCAAGCCCAGAAUCCACCUACGCAGCAACAACAAGCGCCAAUGGGAAUUACCUGGGAUCACCCCGUCUUUCAGCAACAAUCACAGCGCGCAUCACACCAGCAGAAUCCCCUGAACGCGCAUGCGGAUCCAAAUCAUGGCAUUUAUUCUUCCAUUACACCCCCAUCCUGGCAACACAGUCCAUUACCAUCCUCGGCCCGAUUCGAUAGCUCCGCUCAGUAUGCGCCCCAAGCCCAAACUGAGCCAUAUCAGCAAGGCCAGCUGUCCUUCGAACCAGGCUCCAUGGCGACACCAGAAAGCUCGGCCUUCCCUUCCUACUCCUAUCAACCGAGCUACUUCCACCCCCAGCACAUCUCCUUGGAGGAUACAUUUUCUACUAGGUCUUCUCAACCACAGCAGCCGCCCCAGCCACAGCCAUCCCGACUUCAGCAUCAACAGCACCAACAGCAUCAGCAGCAGCAACAUCAACAACCACCGCCACCACAACUACAACCGCAACACCGACACCAGCAGCAAACACAACCGCCACAGCAACAACCACCAUCUCGUCCACAGCCGCAACGCACACAGCACCUCGAAUAUACAAAUGGGGGGCCGCAAUCUACAAUGCAAUACUCGUUGCCGGCAAGCUAUCCGCAAGACCUGAUGUCGAACACAAUAGACCUUACCGACGAUAAUUAUUCGAGCUCAGCAACAGCUUCGCAGCAGACGAUCGACCCUUCAUAUCUAGACGGGAUCACCCGUUCUGCGAGUGCAUCUCACACUCUGCCGAACAACUUCCCAUUCGGAAGCCCGGUGGACUUUCAAAGACCGGACGGGCUUUUCAAUUACUUUCAAAAUGACUUCCCUAUCCAGUCGCAGAUUAAUGUUGCUCCUAAUAAUGGAGGACCUCAACUUGGUGUCCUCGCUCCGCGGCCGUCUGGCGUUCCACACCAACCCGUCCAAGCCACCCAACCAACCAAAACCCAGCCUAGUAAAGCUUCUCAACCCAAGAAGGCCGCGAAGAAGAGCCAGAAGGCCCGCAAGGAGGUUUCAGACAGUGGGACCUCUGACGACUCCGAUUUGGAAGUUGAUCCGGAACCAUCCCCACUUCCUCCAUCUCGUCCAACUGAUUCGCUUGAGGCCGCCGGUUAUGACACGACGAAGGCUGUGUGGUCUCCACGUAACUUGCGUGUUUCUGCGGAGAAGGUAAAGGCUUCUUUGGUAGCAUUUAAGGAUGUUGUGAAAGCACUCCGUGAUGGCUGGAAAGACCAGGUCCAAGCAAUGAAAACUGCAGAGAACCAGGGAGAAAAUGAAAAAGCAACUCAAAUAAAGCAAUCGGUCUUCCUCUACCGUCGCACCAUGGAGAAGGUCAUUUCAACAACAUUUGAGACAGGUCAUCCUGUGAUUAUUGAGAAGCUCGGCGAACACCCAAUGACUCUAUCGGUGUUUUACUCGUUCCUAGCAGAUCGAUUCCAGGCCGCAGAUAUGGAUGGCUCGCUAACACUCGGUCUUCUGAAGCUUCUUGCACGGUUCGUGACUGUAGACGAGGAGAUGCUCCAAAAGACGAAUAUGGCCAAGUUGCUUCCUCGAUUUGUCAAGAAGGGCACAUCAUCCACUAAGGAACUCGCACAAAAUAUCCUAGACAAUGCUGCUGCUUCUACCAAGAGGAAACAAAGUAAUGCGAAGCCCGCUAAAGAGGAGUCACCUGCUAAGGGCGACUCGCCAGCGGCGGAAAUUGCGGGUGUUAAGCGUCCACGUGAUAAUGAGGGCCAACCCCAGCCUGCUACGAAACGCAUGGUGGUCACCUCCAAUCCCAAGGACACUGCAAAAUCAUCACCUGCGCCGACUGGUCCCAUCAAGCGUGGUGAGAAUGGUACACAGAACAGCAAGCCUACUACUGCGCAGGCCGCUCCUCGUCCCAAAGCUCCAAUUGCCCCCCCUAAGCCUACUGUCUUCUUCGGCGCACUGAGUUCCGCCUCGAAGAAACUAGGCACUACCAAUGCAGAGAGAAAGGCCGCCCAAGCAGCCGCCAAAUCAACGCCACCUCCAGAAACCAAGGAAAAGACAACUGCGCCUGCUCCGAAGCCAGCAUUUUCCUUUGGCGAUCUCAUGGCGGAUCUAAACAAGCCAAAGGAGGUCGUGGUAGCGAAACCUGCUGAAGACACCCCGCUGGAAACCGACGAGGAGCGAGAGAAGCGACUCCGGAAGGAAGCUCGACGCAGACUCCGUGUCACCUGGAAACCUGAUGAUUCCCUGACCGAAGUGAGACUUUUCACACAUGAUCCCGAGGAAGAACUUGGCCCUGGUGAUGGACCUUUACGUAGUAUGGGUGACGUCAAAGGAGAAGGCAGUGUUCUCAAGCUGCACAAGGAUCUGGAGGAGCUUGAGGAAGACGACCUCGGCGGAAUUCGGGAGGUUUCGUUGAAUCCAUAUACGGAGUUGUCUCCGAUCCUCGUCGAGUCUUCAGAGAUGAAGACGACUAACUUUAUUAAGCGGGGCGGUGAUGAGCAACCCGUCAGCGCGGAAAAGGCUGCACAAGACGAGCGUGAGACGAUGACGCUCAUGGUUUUCCAUGCAUCACCGGCCGACGUUCCAUCUACUCCCAAAGAGCCUGCUGCUGCUGAUCCUGCCGAAGGCACCACAGAAGUGAUUCCCUUUGGCGAAAUACCCGACAAUGUGAGGGUUCGGCAAGAGCGAUACUACGAUUUUAUUAACCCUAAGCCCGCACCGGUCUCUGGUGCAGCACAAACUCCGGCAGCGCCCGCUGCUUCUGCUCCUCAGGUUGGAGCUCCUGGUUUCGACAUCUCCAAUCUGCUGAAACUCAUCAACACUGGUACGGCGCAGCAGCCACCUGCAGCUGCGCCAGCACCACAGUCCCAACUGCCAGCCCAGCAAGCACCUCUGGCGGAUCUCGAGCGAACCAUCAACAUGUUCCGUCAGCAACAGACUCAACCCACAAUUCCUCAAGUUCCUCAAGUUCCGCUUCCCCAGGUCCCCCAAGCCCCUAUCAUACAGUCGCAAGCUGCGUCUGGUGGUGUCAACUUCCAGCAGCUCAUGAAUGUCAUGCAGCAAUUUCAGCAGGGGGGUGUCUUCCCUCCGAAUCAAUCAGCGCAACCACAAUCGACAAUAGCCCCUAAUCUGGGUGCCAUGUUCUCCCAAUUCCCCGGGCAGACUCAACAGCCCACUCCGUCGGCUCAUUAUGAGGACCCUGAGCGUAAACGAGUGCGUGACGGCGGUCAGUACGACGAUCAGUAUGACAGCCAGUGGAGUCGUGGCAAGCGAACUAAAGCCAAUGACCCUAAACCCUACAAGGUCGGAUUGGUCGCGUGCCGAUUCUGGAAGGAGGGCAAAUGCAGGAAAGGCGAUAACUGUACCUUCCGACACGACCCAUAA